AUGAAAGCAGAUAUAUGGUCUGCUGGUAUUGUUCUUUAUGCAAUGAUUGCAGCUCAUUUUCCGUGGAUUGUUCCAGAUGAUUUACCACCAGAUAUUCUCAUGAAAGAAACUGCAAAGCAGAUAGCAGAAGGAGAUAUAUCAUUACCCGAUGGAAUUAGCGAUCAACUACAGAAUUUAUUAGGAAAUAUGUUAAAUGUUGAUCCAGAAGAGAGACCAACGGCAGAUGAAAUACUUCAGCACCCAUGGUUUGCUGAUUUGAACGAUCCAGAAGAGUAUGACGAGCAGCCAAAUAAUGAUAUUGUAAAUCUUGUCGAAAACUUGCUUCAUGACCUUGAUAUGAGAAGGGAAAAUGCUAAAAAAGGUAAAUAG